UUCAGUGACAGUGACGCAAGGAGCCUAUCUGCGGCCGAGUGUUUAGUUUCAGUGGGUGUGGAAAAUUACGACCCAGCCGGGGCAAGCCCGUGUAGAGUUAGUGUGAAUGGGCGGUGCGGGGGUAAGUCGCUAACCAGCGGGAGGACGGCGAUCAGGGAAGGGGAAACUAGCAUCGCCUUGAAAUGUGAAUGUCAUGUAGUAAGACCAUAAGGAAAGACAUAGCCAACAAUAACAAUUACUAGGAUACAUAAUUAGGUGUUGGUGUAAUGUAUCUCGCAUGCAUGCAGUUGUUGAUGAAAACUGGUCAUUUUUGAAGGAUCUGAAGUUGGCGCAGCGACUUCGUACACGCACAGAUUUCCAUGCCGGAUUAGCGCGUCCGAUUUUCUGCGUCAGAUCAAAUGUCCUACCGACGGAGUCUGUGGGUUUAAUGCGAAGGAAAGCGAGCGAAGGCCCGGAACCUGUGCGCUGCCUGCUUUGGACGCGGCGUAUGAUUUCGAGAUGCGUUUUAACGAGCGAGAGCUGAUUUCGUUAAGCCGCCAGCCGUCCGACAAAGCGGCGGAGUUGGGGAUGAGGGGGCCCAAGAAAGGCGACGUUGUGAAGAAGCGGCUGGUCAAGCUUGUUGUAAAUUUCCUAUUCUAUUUUCGCACGGAUGAAGAGGAGCCUCUGGGAGCCUUGUUGCUGGAGGAGUGCCGCGUAGAGAGGGAGGACAGCCAGGCCUUCUCCAUCGCUUUCCUAGAUGAAGCGGAGAGGAAAUACCUGUUUGAGUGCGACUCCCAGGAGCAGUGCCUGGAGUGGAUAGACUCCAUCGUCAGGGCCAGCUACGAGUUCAUGAGGAAGAGUCUCAUCUUCUAUCGCACGGAGAUUCAUCGCAUGACGGGCAAGGACCCCCUGGAGCAGUAUGGGAUUUCAGACGAAACUCGAUUCCAGAUCAGCAGCACUACUCAGCCUGUAUCCAAGGAGAGUUAAACACGAGGGUCCCUCCCCCAGUCUAACCCCACUUUCUUUUUUUUACUUAAUCACACCCACCACUUGUGGUUUGACAACAGAGCCUUAAAACAUGGACACAGGCCAAAUUACAAGCUACUGUAAUUUUUUUUUCUAUUAAAUGAACUGAGCGCUGAUUAGCACUGUGAUAAUAAUUCAGAUACUGUACCAGCCUGCACCCCUCAUCUGCCACUUAUGUGUGUUUGCACUCAGUUACAGUGUUGACUUUGUAUAUAUAUAUAUUUUUUAUCAUUUUCUGUUCUAACUCAGUUCUAUUUUAUAAUCAGAGAUGCACUGAUCAUGAAUGGUGCGUUUGGUUGAUUUAUUUUUAUUUUUUUAUUUUAAUUUUUUUACACCAGAGCCUUUGAUAAUCUCUCUCGCACCUUUUGGACACUUCAGCAAUCCUUUGGCUCUCUUGGUCAGAGCCUUCUUGCAAAACAUCUCUUGGUGGGAUUUUUUUUAACAUACAUAAUAAAAUUAACAAGUUAUGUACGAGGGUUUGGAAAUAAAUCAUUUUAAUGCAGUACGAAGUCUACGUUUGCUACAUCUGUGGUGGACUAUUCUUCUGCCUUCUCAGCCAGGCUGGAACGUUGGCAAGCUGGGAAGAGACAUCUGUUUGGGGUCCCCAGAGCCAGCCAGUUUUUUCAUGUUAGUCCCUAACAAUUGAGUCUCUUAUUCAGCAUAGAAGUCUGGAAUGGAUGCAUUAUGGGAAAUGAAGUCAGUCUCAGGGUACCAUUAGUCAUUUGCAGAGAUGCACUUUGUGACUUGCAAUAAUGUAUGGUUACUGGUUAUGUGAUGUUACUGAAGGUAAUUUAUGCUGAUAAUGUAGCUACAUUAACUCCAUGCCACUUGGAUUACCCAGAGUAAUUUGCAUUUAAACUAUUUACCCUUUAUCAUUAUUUUACAAUUUGUCUUAUUUUAUUCACAAUUAGGGGUGUGUGAUGCUAUUACUGUUGGGCAGCACCAUUGCAUGAAGGGUUGUGGGUUCAGAUCCCACCGCUGCUCUGUGUGCGUGAAACGUACGCCUUCUCUCUGUGUCGCGUGGGAUUCUUCUCAGUACUGCUCUUUCCUCCAGCAGGCGAGGUGAAUUUAUUAGGGUCACAUUUCUGAAUUGCCCGACAUGUAUGAAUGUGUCUGAAGCCUGUCCAGGGUUUACCCCUACCUUCUACCUGCCUGAGAUAGACUCCAGCCCCCUUGACCUUCACCAGGGUAUGAGGCUAGAAGAUGGAUGGAUGAUUGUAUGCUGCUUUUGCAGCAUGCAAACUGGACAAGUGCCUUGUUUGGUGCCAAGGUAGCAGGCCCUGGGUAAUGAACUCAGGUUCUGAAUUGUGGAUGAAAUGGUUAGAUUAACUGUGUACAUCUAUGGUUAUGAAAACAAGCCUGGCUUUUAAUCUGCUUGGGAAACAAGAAAAAAAAAAUGUAAUACUGACAUCUUCUGGUACCGUUAUGCAUGAUGUAACAGCAAUUACCAGCACCGAGCUGGAUGUAUGGAAAUCUCUCCGCCCCUAUGCAGUCAAGUAAUCCAGUCUAAACAUAUCAUGGAUGUUAAACUCCACCCUUAAUUCAUUCAUUCAUUCAUUCAUUUACAUUAUGAAAAACAUUACUGCAAACCCCAAAAAAUGUAUCAAAAUUAUAACAAUAAUUAGCAAGUUGUUUCUAUGGUAGCAGAAAUUAAAUAUUUCGGUUCCUUUCUGUCAAAAGCAAAAUUUGGGUAAGAACUGUGACCUUCUACUCUUAAUUAUGCAACUUCUCAUAUUCUAAAUGUGUUGCAAUCCUGAAUAUUUUACAUCAGCAUCAGUCCCAGUGAAACCACUCGUCCCCAUAAUGAUGCCGUGGUGAUGAUGGUAACAGCAGUUUGAGUCGUAGUGUCAUUACCUUUAAACAAUAUUGCGGUUAAAGACGUGCUAACCAUCUGCUGUAGUUUAUGCAAGUAAAGAAGUGUGUUUGCUAGAUUGUUGCCAAAACCUACAGAACAGUCUGUUCCAUGGAAACAGGUGCAACAUCUGUAAAGCGUCUUUCCAUGAGCUGCACUCCUGCCCAUCAAGCGAGUGUUAAACAGCUUUUACACUCCUAAGUUUUAAUGUGCAGAGUUUACUUGCUGCAGUCCCUAUCAGUUAGGAUGCUUAUCUAUGUCAUCACUGUAAAAUGCUGUCAGAUCAAAUGCAUCAAGCUAAAUGUCCAUGUAUAUGUCAAAACACUUUAAUAAAAAGUUAAUUCUGA